CACACACACACAGACACAGACACGUAGUAGGCGGAGGCAAGAAGCCACACACACACACACACACACACACACACAUUGGAGGGAACCCCAUCAGCUGUGGGAAGCAACACAGCUUGAACUUACUUUUAUUUUUCUUAAGUCUGUUCUCCAGAUUUUAUAGAUUUUUGCAGAAUAUUUUAAGAUAUGCGCUCUUGAGGAUUACAGCAAGAUCUCUGUGCUAAACAUCAUUAUAUUCUAACAAGGACAGCAGUGGAGGAAGAAGAAGAAGAAGAAAAACAGAAAACACGGAGUACAGAAGGAGGCUUUGAAAGCAUGGAAUACUUCAUGAUGCCGACAGACAAGAUAGCGUCCUUACAGCACUUCAAGAAGACGGAGAAGGAUGUUAUUGGGGGGCUCUGCAGCCUGGCCAACAUCCCCCUCAGUCCGGAGACGGCUCAGGAUCAGGAGAGACGAAUCCGCCGUGAGAUCGCCAACAGCAACGAACGCCGGCGCAUGCAGAGCAUCAACGCAGGCUUCCAGUCCCUCAAAACACUCCUGCCCCACACAGACGGAGAGAAACUCAGCAAGGCUGCCAUCUUGCAGCAGACAUCGGACUACAUCUUUGCGUUGGAGCAGGAGAAGACUACACUCCUGGCACAGAACAACCAGCUCAAACGUUUCAUCCAGGAGUUCAGCAGCUCAUCGCCCAAGAGGAGGCGAGCAGAGGAGAAGGACGAAGGGAUCGGGUCUCCAGACACGCUGGAGGAGGAGAAGGUCGAGGAGGUGAGGAGGGAGAUGCUAGAGCUGCGACAGCAACUGGACAAGGAGCGCUCGGCUCGUAUGCAGCUGGAGGAGCAGGUGCGAUCUCUGAACGUCCAGCUGCAGCCAGAGCGUCUGAAGGUGAUCACUCAGCAGGUGGAGGAGGAGCAGGCGCUCAUCCAGAGCGAGACGCUGUUACGGCUGCAGCAGAUCCACGCGGCUGACAGACAACCACACAGCCCACAGGUGCUGGCUCCUCCCACUCCCCCCGCCCCAACCCGCCACCCGACGGUCAUCGUUCCGGCCCCAACACUAACCCAGCACCCCCAUCAUCACGUCACCGUGGUGACCAUGAGCCCGUCUGCCCACACCAGCACUGCGUCCACGUCCAGACAGAACCUGGACACUAUUGUGCAGGCCAUCCAGCACAUCGAACGCGCUCAGGAGAGGAGAGCGAGCGCCGAGGAAGAGCAGAGACGAGCCGUCAUCGUUAGCCCCGCCUACGUCGCCAUGGACACCGCCUGCUCAGACACAGACACCGACACAGAGGGCGAGGACUUCUCAAUGAACUGAUCCCUCCCCCCCUUCCCUCCAUGAACUCACAUACACACACAAACACUUAAAAUACCUACUCACUGUAAGAUUCCCUCCAGGAGCUUGACUACUUUUUAAAAAAAAAUCUUUCUUUGGCAUUAUCCAAACUCCUAAAUCCAGUGGUUAAGCUCUGUGUCAGUCUUGUACUGUAAAAUCUCUGAAGAUUGAAAUCAUAGGAUGGUCAGCGUGCAGAGGAGGCCCUGUUGGAUUUCUAGAGGCUGUUUUUCAGCCGGUCUGUGGCUACUUGAAAACUUGAGGGCCUCCUCGUGUAAAAAGCUAUCGGCAUCCGUCCGUCCUACGCGUGUGUUUAUGUGUGUUACACCCAGUCGCAGUAUCACAGUUAACUGUCGUCACUGGCGCGCUGACAGUAUUAUUUGUGCUACAAAUUGAUGGAGCCAGUACAGUGGAGAGUUGAAUGUAACAACACAAUAAGAAAGCAGCUCUUGAUUCUGAAAAGGGAUGCAGAGUUGCAUUUAUUUCUUCCCCAGUCUUAAUUAAUUAGUUUUUCUAUGUUUCCUGGUUGGCUAGGUGAUGUUCUAGUGCCAGUGGCCACAAAACUCAACUUAAACUACAACAGAAGGCAUUUCUAAAUUAAAAAAAAAAGUUAGGGACAAAUUUAAACUAAUUAAUUGAAAAAUUAAUUUGAGGAUAGAUGUUGAAUGAAAUUAUAUCUGAUUUACUUGAAAAAAAAAGGUUGUGUUUUUGAUAACUAAAUAAGCCCUUAAAAAAUAAGCUGUUGAACAAUUUACAUUGAUCGUAUUUUUGGUUUCUCGUGUUUUUUUUGUUAACAUUUUUUUUCCGUCAGGGUUACUGAAUGUCGAAGGUGAACAUUUUGUUAUAUUGAGAUUAACAAUUUAAAAUUGGAGGUUUGUCAGGUUUUCACAGAGAACCGGAGGCCUUGAGAUGAAUUCUGAAAGUCUGGUUUAAAAGUCGGCGCCAUCUAUUCGUAUGUACUUAACUUAAAAAAGGAGUUUAAAAAAGAACCAAAUGUUGGUUCAUUGCCGGAAAACAAACAGCUUUUUAGUGGCUGGUAUUCAUUUUCACUCAAUCUCCGAUAAUUUGACUAAAUCAAACUUCGUCCUUGCAUAUGGAAAUAUGUGAAAAUCCGUUACACAUUGACACGAUUCACAUGCUCUGUUUGCAUGAAGGCUUCCGGUUUUCCUCCAAAGACCUCCAGUCCGUCUCCUGGUCUUGGUUUGUUGAUUUCAGUGACUAUGCACUAGUUUUUCUGUAUUUAUGCAAUUCCAUCUUCAGUACGUUUGUCGGUGUCAUUUAUACAUGAGGUGAAGUUAUCUAUGCACCGUUGAUAGGUGUGUGCGUUACACCUACCGUAUACAGUAUGUAUGAAACUAAACAUGCUUGUAUCACAGAAUGUCGUCUCUACUUGCAAGGUGCUCUUUUGUCAACCCGGCGCUCUGCUGACCAGCGGCGAGCCGAGGACCCAAACCAUGUAAACUUCACACUUGAUCACGUUUAUCACGUGGCUGAAUUUUUUUCUGCGAAAUGAUAUGCGUCACUUCCACAUCUUGGAAUUGCUUAGAGAGGUCAGGGAGGCAGGGAGGCGUUGGUUACAAAUGACGGCAGAUUUUGUGUUAUCUCAUUGUGAUAUUUGCUCACAUAAGUAGAAAAAUAACAUGCUCCAUAAACUCCAACAUAAAAAAGCAUAAUUUUGGAAAUUAAUUGUAGAGAAGGGUGGGCAAACUAAGCACGUUCUGUACUGUACUGUAGUUCGAUGUACGUUUUCAGUGCAUCAGAUGCCACACAAAGUGCAAAACUCUAAUGAAAAGCACUGAAGUGAAUUGCAGAUCGCUCCCCAGAUAUCAUUUCUCUCUCUAAAAAGAUGCACCCAAGUCUGUCCACCUCAUGUUGCGUUGCUUAUAUUUGUCGGGAAUUUGACUGGAAAUCCCUGCUUCAGGCCUCCCUCCUGUCAUACUCAAUUUGAUACGCUGACUUGAUGCUGUAAACAUUCCUUUUAUUUGGAUUUGUAUCUGUCUUUUGAUCUCUUAUAUGUUCUGUUGCCAAUUGAAUGCAUGUUACUAAUUGCUGUUUUCUCUUGUCUAAAGCGGGCUUUUGUUUUUGACUUUUUUUUUUAUUUUUGCAGGUUUCAUUUUAUUUUUUUCAUGAACACGUGACUGAUGCGUUCAGUGUGAAACUGUCUUGUGUUAGAUGCGUGGACACUAUUCGCUCACUGACAUCAGUUUUAUAUCUGGUUAGACUAGUAUUUCUCAUGCCAAACAUGGUGGGCAACUCUCAUAUUUUCUUUGUGAAACUUUGUUUAAGGGUUUGGUGUUUUGCUGACGAAUGUUAAGCCGCAGGCUGAGUUUAGGCUGAGGUUUGGGAUUGGUCGGCGGAACACUUUUCCCCAAAAUGUUUCUGUACAUUGUGUUGCAGCACUGCUGUCUUUUUGGUGGAAUUUGAGAUAUUUGAUAUGAAGCACUUGCUGUUCUGUACUGCCUGAAUCAAUGAUGAGGAAGAUUUUAUUUUUUUGCCAUUUAUUUUUUUGUAAACUCUUUGCUGUGACUCAACAGCUGUUUAUUGUGUUCUGCUUUUCUGUCUUUUCAUCUGUCUUUUCUGGUUUUCCAUUUUUUUGGUGACAAGCAUUUUUUUUAUACUUUUGUGAUUUUUGUUAUUUUUCCCAUCAGUCCAGGUCGAUGAGAAGCUGUUAUAUUUUGUUUAUAAAAACUUGGGUAAACAGGCCUUUGUAAAGAUGAAAAAAAAAAUAAAAUUUGUACUUUUUUUAUUACA